AUGAAGGGUCUCAGCGACUCGUGUAGUACUGAUAGAAUCAGUAACCUGCCUGAGGUCUUGGCAGAUCACAUUGUCACGUUCUUGCUCCUAAAAGACGCAGCGAAAGCGGCUACAUUAUCAACGCAAUGGAGGUACUGCUGGAGAAAUGUUCCUCAACUAGUAUUUGAUUCUGAUUUUGCUCGAACCCGUUGGUCUGAAUCCGAAUCAAAUGUGCAUGACCUGAUGAACAAGAUUUUUACGAAGUUGCGAUUCUCCAUAAUAGCAAAUCCCACAACCAAGUUUGUGCUUGCAAUCCCUGGAUUAAGACCAUGUGACGAAAUUGAUCACUUCAUUCUUUACCUUGCCAACAACAAAAAGCUCAAGGACUUCACCCUUCGAAUACUCCACGAAUCAGGGUGGUAUCGUAUGUUUAUGACCUCAGGAAUUUCCCUUGUUUGCUGCUAUUGA